AUGGCGCCGUCGUCGUUAAAAUGCAAGAAACUCAGCGCCGGCGGGAGCUGGAGGUGCAACCUUCCGGCCCUUACUGGCGAAACCCUGUGUGAGAAGCACCACAAGUCGGAGUACAGUCGCCGGAGGGCAAAGCCGGCGGAGAAAAUCGAAAGCCCAGAAAACUCCAGCGGCCGGAAGCGAAAGCACGGUGGUGAGUAUACCAAAGACUCUGUUUUUCAGGCCAAUGGAGGUCUCGGGGGCUCAAGGAGGAAGAGGGUUCAGCCGGAGGGCUGGGAUAACGAUGGGGAAAACGAUGAGGUGUCGACUAAUCAGAAAGGCCGGCCGGACGGUCCAAAAAUCGAAUCGAAAAAUGGGUUUGUAGGGAAGAGAGAUGAUUUGGUUAAGCCAGAGAAGAGGGGAAGAGGGAGGCCGAAAGGUUCGACAAAAAAGAAGAAAACCGUGGACCGAGCAGUUGAAACUGCGGUACGAUUUGUUGAAAUCGAAAGGAUCGAAAAACAAGACUCGAUUUUUGAGGUGGUCAGGGGACGUGGGAGGCCGAAAGGCUCCACGAAAAAGAAGGCGAAUGUGGAAAUAAUAGUAGGGAGUGAAGAUACAGAGGAAAUUGGUUUCGAGAAGGACGAUGCUUGUACGUUUGGAGCUGAGGUAAACGAGAGAAAUUAUAAAAGGUGUGAUGGUAAGAAGAAAAUGGGUAAAAAUAAUGUUAGAUUUGCUAUGGAGGAUGAGAUUGAGGUUGUUGGCGAACGUUUUGACCAAAAGGCGGAUAAUGGGAAGCCCAAGAAGGACUUUAUGGAAGUGUUGGAUGAGUAUAACGAGGAUAUCAAUAGGCGUAAGGGGAGAUCGAAAAAUAAGUACUUAAACGAGUCUCCUCGAGGUUUUGUGUGCAUGAAAGAGGAAGAAGUACUAAAUGGUAGCAUGAAGAGGACAACUUUUUCGGCUUCAAGAAUGUUGGAUUCCACGAUUAAAAGGAAGCAGUGUGGAUUUACGUGCCACCAAUGCUCGAAAAGUGACAAAGAUAAUUUUAUCAUCUGCUCGAAUUGCAGACGAAAAUGUUACUGCUUUGAGUGCAUUACACUGUGGUAUCCUCAGAGGACGAAAAAAGAAGUUGAGAAAUCGUGCCCGUUUUGCUGUGGGAAUUGCAACUGCGAAGCUUGCCUUCAAGCAGAUUUGGUUUUGCCGAGCUGCUGCCAUAAAGAAGCUGAUGAGAACAUCAAACUGCAAAGAUCCCUUUAUUUGCUAUUCAAUGUUCUUCCUCUACUUAAGCUUAUACAGUUCGAGCAAAAACUUGAGCUAGACUUCGAGUUCAGAAUGCGAGGUGUUCCGAUGAAGGAAGAACACAUUCCUGUUUCUAAAGAUGAUCGGUUAUACUGUGAUAACUGCAAGAUAGCGAUUGCCAAUUUCCAUAGAAGCUGCGAACGUUGUUCCUACGAUGUCUGCCUCGAUUGUUGUAAUGACCUCAAAACGAUUUCUUCAAAUAACACGAACAAUAAGUUGCGUAAAACGGGCCUACAUUGUCCUCCCUGUGGAACUCCGAAUUUGCAAUUAAAGCGCAUUUUAGGUCCUAAUUAUAUUGAAGAAUUAAUUUCGAGUGCUGAAAGAUUUACUCGUAAUUACUUCCUUCCGGAUAAAGAUUACUCUCAGAAAUGCUCCGUUUGUCUCGGCAAUGAAUUUUCCGAAGCGCGAAAAGCUGCAAACAGGCCACAUAAUCGAGAUAACUUUGUUUACUGUCCUAAUGCUCUCGAUUUGCGAGCUGGCACAUUCGAACAUUUUCAGAUGCACUGGAAAAAAGGCGAACCGGUUAUUGUUCGAGACUCACUUUCGAAAGCUUCUGGUUUGAGUUGGGAGCCGUUGGUCAUGUUGAGAGCUUUUAAGAAUUCGAGAAAAAUGUCAAAUGACGAAACUUUCUACGUGGAUGCUAUCGAUUGCUUGGAUUGGUGUGAGGUUAAGAUCAAUAUUCAACAAUUUCUCGAAGGAUAUUUAGAAGGUCGUAAGCAGCCAAACGGAUGGCCGGAGAUGUUGAAGUUAAAAGAUUGGCCGCCUGAAAAUUCGUUCACGGAGUUUUUUCCGAGGCACAGUUCGGAAUUUUUGGCAAUGCUCCCUUUUAGUGAUUAUACGCAUCCUAAAUCGGGUCUCUUGAAUCUUGCUACGAAGCUUCCGGAUGGUUCCGAUUUGGGACCUAAAACGUAUAUGGCCUAUGGAUAUCCAGACGAGCUUGGCAAUGGUGAUUCGGUUACUAAACUCCACUACAAUAUUUCUGAUGCGGUAUUCUUUAUUUCUUACACAAUAAUCCUUAAAAAAGUGAUUCGAAAUUUGAGGAGUGAUAUGAAAGAAAAAACUCCCGAUUUUCGACAAAUGGCAAAAGAUAAAGGCAAAGGCGAAAGAUUUUUGUCGGAAAAUGUAUACGGGGCAGCUGUUUGGGAUAUCUUUCGGAGGCAAGAUGUUCCGAAAAUAACCGAGUAUUUGCUAAAGCAUCAGAAAGAAUUACGUCAUGAUCAUAACAAUUCUCAAGUGGGUAAUAAUAUUGUGCAUCCUAUCCAUGACCAGGUGUUUUAUUUGGAUGAGAAGCACAAAAAACAAUUGAAGAAGGAAUUUGAUGUUGAAGCUUGGACAUUUGAGCAACAUCUUGGUGAGGCUGUGUUCAUUCCUGCUGGCUGUCCUUAUCAAGUGAGAAACAGAAAGUCGUGCACUAAAGUUGCUAUGGACUUUGUUUCACCCGAUAACGUUCAAGAAUGCUUCCGAUUAACACACGAGUUUCGUAAGGUUCAAGAUUCUCAUAGAUCAAAACAAGAUAUUCUUGAGGUGAAGAAGCUCGUUGUGUACGCUGCUUGUGCCGCCAUUAAUGAAGCCAGAAAAUCCAUGUCCAAGAUGAAGUGA